GAUAUUCAGCAUAAUCUCUCUUAAAAAAAAAGCUUCAGACAGGAGAGGAGAGUAGUUAAGUCCGGUGGUUUUCAGCUCAUCUACUUCCAUCCACCUUCCCUCCUCUUCAAUUCUCUCUCCCUUCCCCUCUUUAAAUCUCUCCCUUUUCUCUCUCAUCAUCUCCAAAACCCAGAAACCUCAAAUCAGAUGGAGAUCUGCACUUACUUAAAAUCCCAGCCGACAUGGCUCCUCCUCCUCUUCGCCCUCGGCUCCCUCCAACUCCUCAAACUCACCCUCUCCCUCCUCUCCUCCCUCUACAUCUACUUCCUCCGCCCCGCCAAAAACCUCCGCCGCCGCUACGGCUCCUGGGCCAUCAUCACCGGCCCCACCGACGGCAUCGGCAAAGCCUUCGCCUUUCAGCUCGCCAGCAAGGGCCUCAACCUCGUCCUCGUCGCCCGCAACCCCGACAAGCUCUCCGACGUCUCCGACUCCAUCAGAUCCAAGCACCCCGACGUCCAGAUCAAGACCGUGCUCAUGGACUUCUCCGGGGACAUCGACGACGGCGUGAGGCGGAUCAAGGAGGCGAUCGAGGGGUUGGAGGUUGGGGUUUUGAUUAAUAACGCCGGGAUGUCGUAUCCUUACGCGAAGUACUUUCACGAGGUUGAUGAGGAGUUGGUUAAGGGUUUGAUUAAGAUUAAUGUGGAAGGGACGACGAAGGUGACGCAGGCUGUGUUGCCUGGGAUGCUGGAGAGGAAGAAAGGGGCGAUUGUUAAUAUGGGUUCUGGCGCUGCUGCGCUUAUUCCUUCGUAUCCUUUCUACUCUGUUUACGCCGGUGCUAAAACGUACGUGGAUCAGUUCACAAGGUGUCUACAUGUUGAGUACAAGAAGAGUGGGAUUGAUGUUCAGUGCCAGGUACCCUUGUACGUUGCGACGAAGAUGACAUCGAUAAGAAGAGCAUCCUUCUUAGUGGCAUCUCCAGAGGGUUACGCAAAGGCAGCAAUGCGUUUUAUAGGGUAUGAAGCACGCUGCACACCGUACUGGCCUCACGCCCUCAUGGGUUAUGUUGUCUCUGCAUUGCCCGAGAGCGUUUUUGAAUCCUUUAACAUUAAGAGGUGCCUCCAGAUCAGGAAGAAGGGUAUGCUUAAAGACUCCAGGAAAAAGGAAUGAAAUUUUUCUGAGGGUGCAACAUUUUCUUCUGCAGCAGUUGGUUUCUUGCAAGUUUCUGUUUAGACAUUGUAAGACUUCUUGUACGCUUUAGUUUCCGAUUUUCACAAGGUUGUUUCCUUCUUUUUUUAAAUUAAAAACCAUAACAUCCACCGAUCA